AUGCCGCUGAAGCCCUGGCACGGGGGGCCCCCGCACAGCAUCUCCACGUCCCCCUUCUGCGGCAGCCUCUGUCCCCGCGAGUUGGGCUUCUCUCCAGACACUUUUUUUCUGCUGGACCUGCGCCGCGCGGCCUCGGCCGCCCUCCGCUUCUACCCCCCGCACCCCGACUACACGUGGCCCUUCGACGACAUCAUCGUCUUCGCCUUCUCCUGCCGCCAGGCGGAAGUCCAGAUGUUCGUCUGCAACCGGGAAGUUUACGGCUUCCUGCCGGUGCCGCUGCGCUCCCACAGCACCCUGCAGGAUGAGGCCGAGAGCUUCCUGCAUGUCCUGCUGGAGAUCAUGGUGAAGAACCCGCCGGCGGAGCCGUCCCCUCACGUGUGGGUCCCCCCCAAGGUCCCCGACAAGAUGGGCUUCGACGAGGUUUUCCUCAUCAACCUGCGGCGCCGGAGCGAGCGCCGGGCGCGGAUGCUGCGGACGCUGCACGAGCAGGAGAUCUCCUGCAAGCUGGUGGAGGCCGUGGAUGGGAAGGCCAUGAACAGCAGCGAGGUGGAGGCAUUGGGCAUCCGGAUGCUGCCGGGAUACAGGGAUCCCUACCACGGGCGCCCGCUCACCAAGGGGGAGCUGGGAUGUUUCCUGAGCCACUACCGGGUGUGGCAGGAGAUCGUGGCGCGGGGCCUCGGGAAGUCCGUGGUGUUCGAGGAUGAUCUUCGCUUCGAGAUCUUCUUCAAGCGCCGCCUCAUGACCCUGAUGCAGGAGCUGGAGGCCGAGGGGCUGCCCUGGGACCUGAUUUACAUUGGCAGGAAGCGGAGGCAGGUGGAGCGGCCGGAGAAGUCGGUGCCGCGCGUCAGGAAUCUGGUGGAAGCGGAUUAUUCCUACUGGACACUGGGCUACGUCCUGUCCCUGCGCGGAGCCCGGAAGCUGUUGGCAGCAGAGCCGCUGGCCAAGAUGCUCCCGGUGGAUGAGUUCCUGCCCGUCAUGUUCGACAAACACCCGCUUGCUGGUGCUCAUCCC